UCAUAACUUCCGCCUCGAUAAAGCGUUAUCAGACCGUAUCAACGCGCGAUGACGAUGGCUGCUUUUUGGUUAAUUCGAGCAGAUGGUCCAUGAGUUUGACGAGAGCUAGAAACUAGCGCGAGUGUCCUUGGAGCUUUCCUUGAAAACUCUAUAUUGAAAAACAAAAAAAGAUGGGCGAUCAUCAGCAGCAGUUGAGUAAUUUAAUCAAAUGGUUGAGCACUUUCGACCUCCAGGCGCCACACAGUUCCGCGGAUGACAUAAGCGAUGGGGUUGCCCUGGCGGAGGUUUUAACGCAAAUUGCGCCAGAAUGGUUCUCAGCGGUCUGGAAAGCAAAGAUUAAGACUGACGUGGGUGCAAAUUGGCGUCUCAGAGUGAGUAACAUGAAGAAGAUCGUGGAGGCCGUGAUGGAGUAUUACAUGGAGUGCCUGAACCAGCAGCUGUCCGGCUACGUCAAGCCAGACGCAAUUAAGAUCGGCGAGCACUGCGACAGUGACGAGCUGCGCCGUCUGCUACAGCUGAUUCUCGGCUGCGCUGUCAACUGCGACCAAAAGCAGCAGUAUAUCACCAGAAUGAAGAGCAUGGAUGAGACCGUGCAGCGAGCGAUAAUGCAGAGUAUACAACAGUUGGAGAGAGCGCUGAGCCCAGGCACCAGUAUUUCCAGUGAUUCCAUUGCUUUCAACAUUGAGCCUAUGGAGCUGGACGUGGCCGAUGGAGCCCAGCAGAGACUCUACGCAGAGCUUCAGGCCACAGUGGAUAUAAAGGAUCAGCUGGCGCAGAGAUGUCACGAGCUCGAUCAGCAGCUGUCUUUGUUGCAGGAGGAGAAAACCGCCUUGAUUGCGGAAAAUAAGAAGCUCCAGGAACGACUGGACGAAUUUGAGAAUCCGGAGGACUCUGGUUCUAUCCUAAAGUAUUCUGGAUUGCGGAAGCAAGUGGAAGCUCUGAAGGAUGAGCUCUUCAAGAUGGAAACAUCGAGGGACGAUUACAGAUUAAAAGUGGAGCUGUUGGAGAAGGAGGUGUUGGAGCUACAGUCGAGACAGGAGGAUCUGCAGAAGGCGGCUGACGAAGCAAAUCACCUGAAGGACGAAGUGGACGCCUUGAGAGAAACAGCGGAUAAAGUAGCCAAGUAUGAAAUUACGAUCGAGUCAUAUAAGAAGAAAAUGGAGGAUCUAAGUGACUUGAAGAGGCAAGUGAAAAUACUGGAGGACAUGAAUGUCGAGUAUUUGCAAGUUAAACUCGAUUACGAAGAGGAGGUAAAACGCACGACAAUGUUGCGCAGUCAUCUGGAGGCGUGCAAGCAGCAGCUCACGGAAGUCCAUCACAGACUGGACGAGCAAAGCAAUAAAUAUGAUCGAUUGGAGUUCGAAGGAAAGAAGAUGGAGGCGAAACUGGGUGCUGUGCAAAGAGAGAGAGACCGGCUGAUCAUUGAGAGAGAUGCCCUGAAGGAGACAAACGAUGAGUUGAAGUGCACACAGCUACAAGCCGCCGAGAACGUAGCGAAAUCCAGCGCCGACAGCACCGGCGUCGCCGGCACCGAGAUGAUUCCGCUCGAAGUCAAGGAAAAGAUUCUCUCACUGCAGCUGGAGAACAAGAUGCUGAAGAUGAAGUUAACGGGCAACGAGGACAAGCUGCCGAGCGUGCAGGCGUUACUCGAGGACUCCGAGGAGCGUCUGAACACGCUGCGAGGACAAAACCGUAAAGCGAAUCAAAGGAUAAUGGAGUUGGAGACCAAACUAGAAGAAGCCAUGGGUAAUCAAGUGACUGGUGACAACAAGACCGACAACGUGGGCCUGAAUCAGAAGGUGUCUCAGCUGCAGGACGAACUGCGAAAAACGCAAACUGAAAAGGAGCGACUGGCCUUGCAGCUGGAAGAACGCGAAGGCGCUCUGCAGACUCAAAAGCAGAAGGUCUUUGCUGUUCAAGAGAAAUUAACUCGGAAGGAAUUCGAGAACGCCGCGCUCGAAGAACGCUACAAGAAGUACAUCGAGAAGGCCAAGAGCGUCAUAAAGAGUUUGGACCCGAAGCAGAGCAAUUCUACGCCGAGCGAGGUCGUCGUGUUGCGCAAUCAGCUAUUGGAGCAGCGCAAAAUGAUCGAGGACAUGGAGCGUUCCAUGAAGGAGACCAGAUUUUUGCGAGAAAUGGAGGAGAAGCUGAUGGUGACCGCCUUUCACAGACUGGGCUUGAAUUGUCACAGGGAGGUGAUAGAUCAGCGUCUCGCGGCGCUCAGCUCGGGACAGGGCCAGUCCUUCCUGGCCAGGCAAAGACAACCCUCGACGAGACGACAUCCACCUUAUAACUCGAAAUGAGGGCGCGAAAAAGCGAGUCGACGUCAGGCUUAAGUAUUACGGAGUAAAGUGGUAAAUAUAUAGUCAUUUGAGAUAGUUUGUCACAGUGCAAUAAGUACGAUUCUCUUAUAUUUUUAUUUGCGAACUUAAUAAUCGUGAACUUUUAUCAAUCACUUCAGAUUGAACAUCAUUCAUUGAUAUCUGUGACUCAACAUUUAGAUAUUACAUUAAUCUCUCUGUUGCCUCAACUGAUUCUAUCUUUCCCGAUAUAGAUACAAUUCGAAGCAAAAAUUAGAUAUCUCUACUUUUUAAUAAAAUUGUAGUUUUUUAUAGUCUUUCUCUCGUCUCGACAAUAUAAAAACAUUACAAAUUGUAAACGAACGAAAGCCCUCCAUUAGCUGUAAACUUUUAGAUGUAUAUUCAGCCAUUCUGUCUUCCUGUAAAAUUAUCAAACAGAGAUAUCUAAUUCUGAUAUUUGAUUCUCUACAAAUCCGAUCCUCGUCCAAGUAGCGUUACAAUUUUCUGGCUAUUAGAGAUGUGCUAACAUAAAUGUUCCUGUAUCUUUAAUGAAUAUAUAAAAAAAAUAAUUUUGCUCGAACAUCUCCAAUGGCUGGAAAAGCAAAUACAAAUUUUUACAUACUUUCACAUUUUGCGUCUAUAUCGUAAAUAUUUACCUUAUUUAUUUUACUUAGAUUGAGCUCAAAUGAAAGAAUAUAUAUAUGGAAUCAAUUAUGGAAUAAAUAUGAUUAUAAGACACAAAUUGACACAAUACAGUUUUGCUUCGCAAUACGCUAGAUAUUGCACAAAACGUUGAAUAUUCUGUAAUAUGAAUAGAUGUUAUUCCAUCUAGUGAGGUUUUUAAUCCAUACUCGCAAUGAACCAUUGUAGAUUCGAAUAUAUUGUAUACUUUUAUAAUGUUGACGCUUACAUCGAUAGGAUGAUUGAGACUAUACGUUUAUUGUUAUUUGCCUUGUGCAAUAGUACAUAAUGAAAUUAACCGUUGUAAAUAUAAUGUACAUGCUAUAUAUACAACAUAUCUCUGGGUUUAGAAAAAUAAUAUACAUAUUACACAAAUGCAUAGAACUUAUUCAUAUAUUUAUAUCUUUGUAGUCGGCACGUUAAUGUUACGACUAACAUAAUUUAUUUGAUACAUUUUAUGUUACUCCUAUUAUAUAUCCAUUUUACAAUUCUAUUUUACAAUCCUCCAAAUGCAUGCUGCAGUGAAGAAAACAGUUGGAAAACCGAUGCAUGGAAUGUACAUACAGAGAGAUGAAUAAAUAUAUAAAUACACUA